AUGACACCACCUAAAACAUCUACUGAGCCAGCUGAGCUCGCGACAAUUGAUGAUUACACAAUUGUCAAGAGUAUUGGUGAAGGGGCGUAUGGGUUUGUUCGUCUUGCAUAUCGCACUCUUGAUCCUGAAAAGACUCCACUAGUGAUUAAAUAUGUGGUAAAAACUCGAGUUCUUUCCUGGUGUCGUCGUGAAAACCUAGGAGGUCGUAUUCCAGUUGAAGCAGCAAUUCUUUACGAAUCUCACCUCCAUCCACAUCCCAAUGUUGUUGAUAUGAUUGAGUGCUUCCAAGAUGAAUUCUAUGUAUAUAUCGUUAUGCGACACAGUGGCAAUAUGGAUUUAUUCCAAUUUAUUGAAUCUAAUCCUACUCUUCCAGAAAGUCUGAUUAGACACCUUUUCCGUCAAUGCACACUUGCUGUUGAACAUCUUCACAAGCAUGAUAUUGUUCAUCGCGAUAUCAAGGACGAAAAUGUUGUGAUUGAUACCACAACGUAUAUAGCACAAUUGAUUGAUUUUGGGUCUGGAGCAUUUUUGGAUACAGGAAAGCCAUUUACUACCUUUUAUGGGACCAUGGAUUUCGCUGCACCAGAAGUUUUGGAAGGAAACCCAUACAAUGGAAAGCCUCAGGAUAUGUGGGCCUUGGGAAUUCUGUUAUAUACACUAAUAUACAAGGAAAAUCCGUUUUACUCAGUCGAUGAAAUCCUGGCUGAUCAUGGAUUGCGAAUUCCGUUUACACUAUCUAAUGAAUCUUUAGAUCUUCUAGAAUCGUUGCUAUCACACGAUGUAGAGAAGCGACCUACAAUUGAGCAAUGUUUGCAGCAUCCUUGGUAA